AUGUCAAGCGCCAGUCUUGACUACUUUUACUGGAAACUGAAGAUGCCUCGACGGAUAUUGGAGAGGCAUUUGGCUGACCCUGUAGCCGGUACUGCUAAUACCAGUACUUGUACUACGCAGCAUGCAUCUGACCAACCUUUUGUCAAGAUCUUGUACCCUUCGAAACACCUGCCCAAGGACACCACUUCCAUGCUGGUGUUGGAUUCCUCGUUCAAUCCUCCUACAAAGGCCCAUUUGAAUCUCAUGGUGCAUACUUUGAAUACUCUUGUUGGUCCGUCUGUACAGUUUGACUGCUGUUUAAUGCUUUUAUCAACAGUUAAUAUGGACAAACCCUUUGUUGCACCGAUAACAUCUCAAGAACCACAAAGUGUAGAUCUGUCUGCUGCCACAUUGUCACCAUCGACUCCAGUCCUUGACCGACUUGAAAUGAUGUGUAGUUUGAUAGAGAGUAUUCCAUGUAUUCCUGCCUGUCAUGUUGGGCUAACCAAUCAGGCUAGUUUUAUUGAUAAGCUUGCUGCCAUUCAGUCUUCAUGGCCAUCUAUUACUACUGUGUACUUUAUCAUGGGAUGCGAUACGCUCAAGAGGUUCUUUGAUACUAAGUACUAUCAGUCACUAGUUCCUUUGUAUCCAUUAGGAGUGUCAAACGAUUCGGUCCAAUCCAAAGAGCCAGAUCAGACUUUGAAUAUCGACGGUUGUGUUGGCCAACUUCUUGCUCAUCGGUUUUUUUAUCAAGGUGGUCGUAUCAUCAGUGCAAGUCGUCCAAUUCACUCCCCCGCCGCUGUGAAUACAGAAUGUGCUGAUCACACUGCUGUGAUACACACAUCGGAUGUCAUCGCAUCUGCAUUGAAAACAGGAACGCUUCUUCCUUUGUGUCAAUCCAGCAUUAUCGAAUUGGUAGGAUGGUCAGUCCCAGAAAGCGAUGCAUCGACCAAACCGCUAUUGGAUCUUAUUUCCAGUUCUCAUGUUCGAGACCUAUUUGCACACUAUUGGUCCAUUCCAUCAAACAGUGGUUUACUCGAUCAACCUGUUCCACAGGUCGCCAUCUCACGCUCCUAUGAAGAUAACUUGAUUGCAAAGCUUAAGCAUUUGAUUGAUGAGACUAUAUUUGAAUAUAUUGUUGAUCAUCACCUGUACUGUCCAUAGCUGUUGGAAGAUUCUAAUCUAGCUAGAAUUCAGACGUGAGUACCCAAACUAUACAUUCAGUUCCACAAGUCUGAGUUUGAUCUAAUUAGACUACAAAAUCAUGACUCACAAGUGACAAAAAGGGAUGAGAAUGAAGAAAUGAAAGAAUAUCACAAU